AUGUAUUCUUUGGCAGUGUUGGUCAUUUGCGAUAUACGUGGCAAGAUCGUGUAUGUAGGUAAGACAGAGGGAGGCGCCCAGCCUGACGUCUCGCUCUACAAGGAUGCUGCACCUAGACUACAGGCUCUGUUCGAUGAAGAUAUUGUCAUUCUCGGUGACAAAGGAUUCAAAGGAGGUCAGAAGUACUACACCAACACCAUCACCCCCAAGAUCAAGUCGGCUUCAUUGAUCGAUCAUAUGGAGUACACAGACAAGAUGAUCAGAAAACGCACGCUCGAUGAGCAUCGCCUGCGUCAAGGAAAGGAGGCGACCAAGGUAUCUAAGAAGUUGAAGGCAUUGGAAGCCAAGGUCACCAAAGAAGGAUUCGAUGCCGAGCGUAUCCUGAGAGAGAAAGAUGAGAGCAAUCGAAUCAAGAAGGUGAGGAUCAUCAUUGAGAAUGUCUUUGGAGAGAUGAAGAAAUGGAACAUAUUGUCAGACACAAUCAGAUCACUUGGCGACCUUUCUGACAACAUUCAACGACACAACGCACUCUGGACAAUUAUCGCAUAUUUGACCAAUAUGUUCCACUCCUUUGGACGAGACGACGAUUUCUUUAAGGUCUAA